GCAGUGAAGAGAAGGGCAACACAGGAGGAGGUGUACUUACUUGACUGGCAUUUUCUCUUGAUAUUUGGCUGGGUCCUGUCAUGAUGGCCACCAGCGGAGACAGGUCCUUGCGCCCUCUGCUGUUGCUCCUGCCAGUCUUGGGACUCUGUGGAGCUCUGCCUACGGAGUGGUUGCCGGGGAACUAUCCAGACACAGUGGCCGGAGUGCUGUCUUUUCUCAGUGACUACAACAGCACGGCCGAGGAAGUGCUUUACUACAGUGUGACGGCAUCAUGGAACUACAACACCAACCUGACGGCGCACAACUCACAGCUGCAGGUCCAGGCCUCCAUGGAUGAGCAGGCCUUUAGUGAAGCCUGGGGUCACAAAGCCAAAACCACAUUUUCUGCUGCAGUGCUGAAUUCUCUUCCCAAACAAGACAAAAAAUUAUAUGACAAGAUCGUUGUCCUGGGACCUGCCAACCUGCCCACCGCCGAAAGAGAGGAGUACAACACCAUCCUCAGCACCAUGGACAACAUUUACUCCACAGCCAAAGUCCACCCACAAGAAAAUGUUAGCUGGAGUCUGGAGCCAGAACUGACAGAAAUCAUGGCCAAUUCUAGAAGCUACAAAAAGCUCCUCUUUGCCUGGGAGGGCUGGCACAACGCGUCCGGGGUUCCCCUCAAAAAUUACUACCCAAGAUUUGUGGAACUCAGCAAUAAAGGCUCUGUAGCUGAUGGUUUUAAAGACACCGGAGCGUACUGGAGGUCUUGGUAUGAAAGCCCAACCUUUCAAGAGGAUUUGAGGAGUCUUUACCAAACAGUGGAACCCCUCUACCUGCAUCUUCAUGCAUUUGUGCGUCGCCAGUUGUACAACCAGUAUGGCCCCAAAUAUAUCAACCUCAAAGGGCCCAUUCCAGCUCACCUCCUCGGAAACAUGUGGUCUCAGACGUGGAACAACAUCUAUGGGAUGAUGAUACCUUUUCCAAACAAACCUAACCUAGAUGUGACAGCUGAAAUGGAGAGACAAGGCUACAAUGCCACACACAUGUUCAGAGUAGCAGAGGAGUUCUUCACCUCUCUGGGCCUGGAACCAAUGCCACAGGAGUUCUGGGAUGAGUCCAUGUUGGUGAAGCCUGAAGGUCGUGAGGUGGUGUGCCACGCUUCAGCCUGGGACUUCUACAACCGGAAAGACUUCAGGAUCAAGCAGUGCACCACAGUGACCAUGGAGCAGUUGUUCACUGUGCACCAUGAGAUGGGACACGUGCAGUACUACCUGCAGUACAAGGACCUACCUGUAGGGUUCAGGCGUGGAGCUAACCCGGGCUUCCAUGAGGCCAUUGGAGAUGUGCUGUCUCUAUCUGUGUCCACCCCAAAACACCUGCACACCAUCGGCCUGCUGGGCUCCAGUGCAUCUGACACAGAAACCGACAUUAACUAUUUGUUGAAGAUGGCUUUGGAGAAAAUAGCUUUCCUUCCCUUUGGAUACCUCAUUGACCAGUGGAGAUGGAACGUUUUCAGUGGAGAUACAGCAGCAGAUCGUUACAACUAUGACUGGUGGUACCUCAGAACUAAAUACCAAGGCAUCUGCCCACCCACCAGACGCACAGAGGAGCACUUUGAUGCAGGCGCAAAAUACCACGUCCCCGGAAACACACCAUACAUCAGGUAUUUUGUCAGCUUCAUUUUGCAGUUCCAAUUCCAUGAAAAACUUUGUGAAGCCGCUAAACACACUGGACCACUGCACACAUGUGACAUCUACCGCUCAAAGGAAGCUGGAGCCAUUUUGAAGAAGGUUCUUGAGGCGGGAUCUUCCCAGGCUUGGGAGGAGGUUCUUCUGAAUGCGUUAGGGACUAGUAAGAUGGAUUCUUCAUCACUCAUCAGAUACUUUCAGCCCAUCCUUACCUGGCUGGAGGAGCAGAAUAAAGGCGAGAUUCUAGGCUGGCCCGACUUCGACUGGACUCCCCCUGUUCCCGAGGGAUACCCAGAAGAUAUUGACAAGGAAACGGAUGAGGCCAAGGCAAAGAUGCUAUUGGACGAAUACAACACCACUGCAGAAGUUGUGUGGAACGCUUACACCGAAGCUUCUUGGGCUUACAACACUGACAUCAAUGAGGCCAACAAGCAGGCCAUGCUCCAAAAGAACCUGGAGAUGUCCGCCCACACGCUAGAGUACGGGAAGAAGGCGCGUCAGUUUGACACCACGGACUUCCAGGACGCGCAGGUCAAACGUAUCAUCAAGAAACUCAGUGACAUCGAAAGAGCUGCGUUGUCUUCUGGAGAGCUGGAGGAGUACAACAAUCUGCUGUCCAACAUGGAGACCAAGUACAGUGUGGCAGAGGUGUGCAGAGCCAAUAAUACCUGCCAUCCUUUGGACCCAGAUCUUCAGAAGAUCAUGGCCGAGUCCAGGGACUACGAUGAGCUGCUGUUUGCUUGGAAAGGAUGGAGAGAUGCUGCAGGCAAAGUCCUCCGUCAGGAUUACAAGAGAUAUGUGGAGCUGGCCAACAAGGCUGCCACACUCAAUGGUCACAGUGAUAACGGGGCAUUCUGGCGCUCUCUCUAUGAAACUCCCACUUUUGAGCAAGACCUGGAGGCGCUGUGGAAAGAGCUGGAGCCACUCUAUCACAACGUGCACGCCUAUGUCCGCCGCGCACUCUACAAGAAGUACGGAGCAGAGCACAUCAACCUCAAAGGGCCCAUCCCCGCUCACUUACUGGGGAACAUGUGGGCGCAGACGUGGUCGGGGAUAAUGGACCUGGUUAUGCCCUACCCAGACGCCACACAAGUUGACGCCACUCCGGCCAUGGUGGCUCAGAAAUGGGAUGCUCAUAGAAUGUUUAAGGAAUCAGAAAACUUCUUCACCUCUCUGGGCCUGAUGGAGAUGCCACCAGAGUUCUGGGACAAGUCAAUGCUGGAGAAACCCUCCGAUCGCAAAGUGGUGUGCCACGCAUCAGCAUGGGACUUCUACAACAGAAAGGACUUCAGAAUCAAACAGUGCACAGUGAUCACCAUGGACGACCUGAUCACAGUGCAUCACGAGAUGGGACAUGUGCAAUACUUUCUGCAGUACAAGGACCAGCCGGUGUCCUUCCGGGAUGGAGCUAACCCCGGGUUCCACGAGGCCAUCGGGGAUGUCUUGGCUCUGUCUGUGUCCACUCCCAAACAUCUACAGAGCAUUGGUCUGCUGGACAAAGUGGAAAGCAACUCUGAGAGUGACAUUAACUUCCUGAUGAGCAUGGCCCUUGAUAAGAUUGCCUUCCUGCCUUUUGGUUACCUUAUGGACCAGUGGAGAUGGAAAGUAUUUGAUGGGCGCAUCCCACCCACAGAGUACAACAAAGAGUGGUGGAACCUCAGAAUGAAGUACCAGGGUCUGUGUCCACCUGUCGCCCGGACCGAGGAAGAUUUUGACCCGGGUGCAAAGUUCCACAUCCCAGCAAACGUGCCAUAUGUCAGGUAUUUUGUCAGCUUCGUGAUCCAGUUUCAGUUCCACAAAGCUCUGUGUAAUGCCGCCAAACACACUGGUCCCCUUCAUACAUGUGAUAUUUACCAAUCUAAAGAGGCUGGGAAGCUUAUGGGUGACGUAAUGAAGCUAGGAUUCAGUAAACCCUGGCCUGAAGCUAUGGCCAUGAUCACCGGUCAGCCCAAAAUGAGCGCCCUGCCGCUCAUGGAGUAUUUCCAACCACUCAUCACUUGGUUGGAGGAGGAGAAUGCCAAGAAUGGAGAUGUUCUUGGAUGGCCCGAGUACGACUGGAAACCCUACGUGGUGUCAAAACAAGAAAAGAGUAAAGUGGACUUCCUCGGCAUGAAUCUGGACAGCUCUUCAGCAGUUGCCGGACAGUGGAUUCUGCUUGUCGCUGGUCUGGUCCUCCUUGUGGCCACAAUCCUUUUAGCGUAUAAAUACAGGAAGUCAAAGAAACCUGAGAAGUCCAUAUCCACUCUGGAGCUCAAGUCCACAUCGUAGUUCUGAGGGUCCAGCAGCCACAAGAACCACCUCAAUGUGAAUAUUGUCAGUGUUUGCCUCACCCACACUAGUGUGUAUAUCUGAUCACAUUUGCUUUGAGUCUGCCUCUAGUGUUGUAUAUUUAUUGUGUAUCCAGUCAGAUUAUUUUGCCUAUGCAAUGAACAUUACAAUUUUGUAAUUUAUUUGUAAUAUUUGAAUGUUUAGCAAGGAAAUGCGUGAAAUGAAUGUUUGUAAAGUCCUUAAUUGUGAACAUUUUUUAAAGAUGUUUUUGUUCAAUUGUUUGCAUUUCUACAAUAAAAACACUGUUUAUUUUUGUUGACUUUU